AUAUACCCAUUUGUAGAUCUUAUUGAAUUUUGUGAUUUUGUUUUUUGUUUUCAGCUUGUUCGGUUGCUGGGAAAAUGAGGGAAAAGAAAAGAAAAGGAAAGAAAAUAUAUGGUGUUGAAUCAGUUUUAGUGGUUUCGAAUGCAAUAACUUUUAAAGAAAAGUAAUUUUGAACUAAAAGUUAGAUAGUUGCAUAAAGCUUAGCUGAGUUAAAAGGUGAAUCUUUAAGAUUUGAAAUUUAGUGUUUCAGCUUUUUUCCUACAUUUUCUUAGCAACCAAACUGAGCGUUGCUGUAGUUUUAUAACUUGAUAGCCUUGGUGCUUGCUCUUUUUAUCUUGACAUGAAUAUAUUUUUCUGGGUUUUGUUUGUUAGGCUUUGAUUAUUUCACUUCAAGUUUUGAAGAGAAUAGCGGAGUUGAGUUUUAGUGGAAAAUCAGCUUAGUGUGCUUAGAUUUGGUGUACUUUGAUAAGUGAAAACUCAUGGAGGUUUUAUUGGAAAUGGUCGGUGAAGAUGAUGAGGGUUGGAAUUUUUGAUUGAUGAAAGAUCCGUGGAUAUGAGUCGGUCACCGUCGUUUUCUGUGAAGCCAGAGCUUGGUUUAAAGCCUGACCCGGAAGCUUUGCAAAGAUGGAUUGUUGCCUUUUGCAUUAUUCGGUUUGAUCUCGAACAAGGCCAGCUCAUUGAAGAGUGUUACCCACCUGGUUGUCUUACGCAAGAUGAGGAGCUUGAGGUUGCUUUUAGUUCAUUUCCGGAUUCCAUUUCCCAGAACCAAAACCGCUCAAGUAUACACGAUUGCAUAUUCUUUUUCCGGUUCCAAAGGCAGAAAAAUCGUCCUCAGGGAAAUGUGACUUCAUCUGAGAUAACCAGAGUUGAUGACAAUAUGUUGCCAACGAUCCCAAAGGAGAAAGUACCUAAAAAUUCAAAAAGUAGAAACAAUAGAGAAGAUACCAAAUAUUUGUAUGGUUAUGUGUUUAAUAGGCAAAGGCAUGACGAGAGGCUAAAACGAGGUGGGGAACAAAAAUCUGUGGUGAUAUUAUCUCGCAGGCCUUUUUCUGGUGUGUUUAGACCACUGUUACAAAUCAUGGGGCCCUUGUAUUUUGACAUCGGAAAGAAAGCUGUUGAACAUAUUGCUGCUUAUGUUUCAAUGUGGCCUUCACCUGUACCUGGUAAGUUAAUGGAGCUUCCUAUUGGGAAUGCCAUGCUUAAGGUGAACUUGCCACCUUCGCAUAGCUUGCCGUUGGAAGGUGGAAUAUUGUUUGAAGAGUCAGUUUCCCCAAUGGCACCUUUUCUUCCUAACAAUCAGUCAGUUCCACAAGGUCUUUUUCAUGAUUCAGAUCUAUUUGGGACAUUUCGGGGCCUUCUAUUGCAGCUUUGGGUGUUAUGGGAGUUGUUACUUAUUGGUGAACCCAUUCUUAUCAUAGCUCCAACUCCUCCCCAAUGUUGUGAGGCUGUUGCUAGUCUUGUAAGUCUAAUAGCCCCAUUGCUUUGUAGUAUUGAUUUUAGGCCUUAUUUUACUAUCCAUGAUCCAGAAUUUGCUCAUUUGAAUUCACUUCAAGAGGGGGACACUUUCCCUCCUAUGGUUUUGGGUGUGACAAAUCUUUUUUUCCUUAAAGCUCUUCGUAAUAUUCCCCACAUUGUAUCGGUUGGAAGCCCUACUCCUAAUUCAAACCGGGGUGCACUUGCCAGCAGGACGUCUACUGGCAAAUUUUCUGGUAGACCUGAAGGGUUUGGUCUUCAACAGCUCUCCCUAAAGAAGUUUUCUCCUUCAAAUUUGUUGAAUGCUGUGAAGUUGAGGAGAGAUGGUCCUCUUUGUCUCAUGACAGAACAUAAGGAAGCCAUUUGGAGCAGUUAUGCAGCAACAACUAAGCCUGAUACUUCUAUCUUGAAUAGGCUUAUUGAUGCUGGGCUGUCACCAAGGGUUGAGGAGUCGAUGUCAGUCGUGAACAAUGAGAUAUUGCGUCGGCAUUUCUUGGAGCUCACUACCAACUUUUUGGCUCCUUUUGGUCCAUUUUUUCGGACUACCGCACCUUCUGAAGGAUCUUGUCCAUAUGCUGAUCCUCCCCCUCUCCCUUUAUUUAUUGCUGAUGAAUUUCUUUCAAGCUUAUCAGCUAGAGGUGUUGGAAAGUUUCUGUCAAAGCGAAUGAGAUCCAAUUGGCUGGACUUAUACAGGAAGUUUCUGGAAGGACCAAACUUUAUGCCAUGGUUUCAAAGAAGACGUGCUGCUGCAGAACAAGAACAGAAUAGACUGUGGAGGCUGGCAAGAAUGAGGACAGACAUACAGCAGCUAAUUUCUAAAAUGUCUGAGUUGGAAAUUGUUGAUUCAUUCAAUGCUAUUGAGAGGCAUCUUACUGAAGAAAUGCAGUUGCAGAAAUCUGGAUGGGCUGCUGAUGAUUCUGCAACGAUUUGUCAGAAGCUGACGGGAGAUUUACAGGCAGUGUUCAAUGUUCUUCCUAAGGAUGUGCAGCAGCUUCUGCUUAUGAACCCACAGAGGGCAGCCUUUUUACAAGUCCAGAGCUGAUAAAACUUCCUGCCUGCCCCACUUUCAAGUCAAGGUAGCACCAUCUGCUUCAUUAAUGUAUUAUGUGAGGAACCGCUACAAUUGAGGUGGCUUCAGGUAUAGAGUGUUGUCUCAUACUUCCAAAGGAUUGGACCAUCUGUAGUUAUAUUGUAGCAUCCUUAAUUACCAGGCAUGGGAGUAUUUCUCCAAUUUUAGGCACAAUUUUUCAUCUAGGUGAGACUAUUAUCCUCUCACAAUGAUUAUACUUUUUCCUCACCUUAACGACAAGCAAUUUAAUAGAAUUCGCUUGAUCCUGUGUCAUUUUCCAGAUAUGUGAGAAUCACUAUCUGUAUCUUGAAUCACACUCCUCCUGCGCACUUCUGAGUCUGAGAUAACAUUGUAAAACUACAAGUUGAUUAGAUUACUCCUCAUGGUGCAUUGGCAUUUUUCCAUUUUAUGAAAAGUUGAAGAUUCAUGUUGUUUCAACCUCAGGGAACUGUCUGCAAAGCUACAACUGUUGUAUGAUCAUGCCAGGCAGAACUCCCGGUUUUGGUUUUUGUCAUGUAAAAUUGUUUUCAAUAUUUGCAGUUGGGUUUUGAUUUGUUUUUC